AUGGCGGCCCCUCUUGCCCUUCGUGUACCAAACGCAGCUACCGCACCAGCAGCGAACGAUCCUCUUGCUCUGCCACCAGGAACUACUUCAGAGAAGUUCGCAGAAUUCAUUUCUCAUGCUGAACAAACAACUGGUGCCGAAAAUGUCAUCAUUAUCAAGAAGAAAGAAGAGCUCACAAAGGAGCUCUACACUGACCCUUCCAAAGCGCACGAUAUGUACCACCUCUUCGACAAAGAUUACUUCGUCGUAUCCGCCACCAUUGCACCCCGCAACGUCGAAGAAGUCCAAGCAAUUGUUAGACUCUGCAAUGAGUACGAGAUCCCACUUUGGCCAUUCUCAAUUGGCAGAAAUAUAGGAUACGGAGGAGCAGCUCCAAGAGUUCCUGGUAGCAUCGGUUUGGAUAUGGGCAAAAACAUGAACAGAGUGCUAGAAGUCAACAGUGAAGGAGCAUAUGCGCUAUUAGAGCCAGGUGUAACAUUCUUCAGUCUAUACGACUACCUGAAGGAGAAUAAGCUAGACGAUCAACUAUGGAUUGACACACCGGAUUUGGGUGGUGGCUCUGUCGUUGGAAACACUAUUGAGCGUGGUGUAGGAUAUACUCCAUACGGAGAUCACUUCAUGAUGCAUUGCGGUCUCGAGGUCGUGCUUCCAACCGGAGAGCUUAUCAGGACAGGCAUGGGUGCUUUACCCGAUCCAACGCAACCAACAGUCGAGGGCGGAAGUUUGGAUCAACAACCAGGAAACAAGUGUUGGCAGUUGUUUCCUUAUGGUUUCGGUCCCUACAACGAUGGCAUCUUUUCACAAAGCAACCUUGGUAUUGUGACGAAGAUGGGCAUUUGGCUCAUGCCAAAUCCAGGGGGUUAUCAACCUUAUCUCAUCACUUUUCCAAAGGAUGCCGACUUGCCAAAGAUCGUUGACGUCAUUCGUCCCCUUCGAUUGCAGAUGGUCAUUCAGAACGUUCCUUCAAUCCGACAUAUUCUGCUUGACGCAGGAGUUAUGGGAACCAAAAAAUCGUACUACGAUGUUGAUCGUCCUCUUAAUGAAGAAGAAUUAGAUGCCAUAGCCAAGAAACUCAACCUUGGACGCUGGAACUUCUAUGGCGCUUUAUACGGCCCCAAACCUGUACGCGAUGUCCUCUGGCAAGUGGUUAAGGAUGCUUUUGGAACUAUCGAAGGUGCCAAAUUCUUCCUUCCAGAAGAUAUCAAGGAGAAGUGCGUUCUUCACAUCCGUGCAAAAACCCUACAAGGUAUUCCAACGAUUGAUGAGAUUGCCUGGGUAGACUGGCUACCCAAUGGUGCUCACCUUUUCUUCUCGCCUAUCUCUAAGAUCAGUGGUGAAGAUGCAAGCAAGCAGUAUGCUCUCACCCAAAAGAUGACUCUAGAGGCCGGUUUUGAUUUUAUCGGAACAUUCACCAUCGGUAUGCGCGAAAUGCAUCAUAUCGUAUGCUUAGUAUUCGACCGUGAAGAUGAGGAUCAAAAACGGCGCGCCCACAAGCUUAUCCGUGAGCUCAUUCAAGUCUGUGCCGAUAACGGAUGGGGAGAAUAUAGAACUCAUAUUGCCUUGAUGGAUCAGAUUGCAGAAACCUAUGGUUGGAACGAUAAUGCGCAGAUGAAGUUGAACGAGAAGAUCAAGAACGCUCUUGACCCCAAGGGUAUUUUAGCACCCGGAAAGAAUGGUGUAUGGCCGGCAUCAUAUGAUCGUUCAGCCUGGAGUGAACCACCCGUUGAUAAACGUCCAAGUGUGGCUGAAAUCCUCGCACAUAAAUCCUACCCAGAUACAAUAUGGAGACUUACCCCAACGCAGAGUGGAAAGCUGCCGAUUGGAGUUGGUAGAGGAGGGCCGUUCAAGAUAGACUGGGAGGUUCAUGGCAGUGGAGAGACGAAGGUUGUGUGGAUUAUGGGCUUAGGCUCUAACAAGUCAACAUGGCAAAGACAAACCCUAUACUUUGGUCAUGAAAGAGGAGAUAGAUAUUCCUCGUUGGUAUUCGAUAAUCGAGGUAUGGGCGGAUCAGACACCCCCAUCCUACGAUAUUCUACCUCGGAAAUGGCCAAGGAUUGUAUCGAGCUACUCGACCAUUUAGGUUGGACGAAGGACAGGCAACUUAACAUCACCGGGGUUAGCAUGGGUGGAAUGAUUGCACAAGAACUGGCAUUGAUGAUACCAAAUCGAAUUGCCACUCUUAACUUGCUCUCCACAGCACCUUAUAUCGAAAAUACAACUAGCUUCUUUGAAAAUCUGCGCACACGAGUCAUGAUGUUUGUCCCUAAGCCACUUGAUCGAUCUGUUUUGGAUGCAUCGUUGUCGUUAUUUCCUGCGUCGUGGCUAUCAUUACCAGAUACUACCCACCUGCCUUCAGAAUCGACCCCCUUGGUUGAACCACCACCAGGUCAUCCUUUCCCCUAUGCACACUUCUCUACCAACUACGAGCGCUUUGCUGCUGCCGAACUAACCAAACGACUCGAUCCUAAAGCUUUCAAAACAUACGGGUUUCUGCUCCAGGCUAUUGCUGCUGGUUGGCACCACAAGAGCCCUGCGCAAUUGAAAGAACUAGGAGACAAAGUGGGAAGAGACAGAAUCGCAGUCAUGCAUGGCACACUCGACCGACUUAUAUCUUUUCCUCAUGGCGAGAAACUUAUGGCAUUUAUUCAACCAGGUAGAGCGGAGAUUCGAGAAGGUGAUGGGCAUGCAAUUCCUAUCCAGGAAGAAGAUUGGUUUCACGAGAAGAUGGUGGCAUUUUUUGAUGAAUUUAAGUGA